AUGGAAGUUUCGGUGAAACAGAAAAAUUUUCCUGAAAUUUGUCAAAAAUAUUUUUGCAAUGUUAAUGAUACAUUUAAUAAUCAUCGAGGCUGGACUUAUGUUCCAAUACCAAUAGAGCAAUUGAUUUAUGCUCAAGUUAACGUAUCACUUAAAAAAAAAUUGGAUCCAGUUGUUAAUUUUGAUGAUCAAGAUGAUUAUUAUGAUAUUUUAAGUGAAAUCAAAGAUUUGAUUCCACAACAAUCUAUUCCAACAGAUAAAGUAGCUUUAACUCUUUCUACUUCAAUCUCAUCUUCAGGGUAUCAAUAUUUGUCAUUUGAUAAUGCAUCCGAAUUGCUUUCUUCCUUGGAAAUUCUACUUUGUUUUAUCAAAAAAACUUUAGUAGGGGAUGGAGAAAUUCUGAUUGAUGAAUAUGUUAAUCAAUGGAUGAAACUUUCAAAUCUACUUGAUAAUGAAUCAUUCGUUGGUAUUCUAAAUGCAAGUUUGAAAUUGAAACAUUUAGUAGCAUUAUAUGAAUUGGUCGAAGAACAAGUUGCAAAUGGUGUUAUCAAAUAUAUAGAAGACAAAUAUAAAGAAACUUUGACACCAGAAUCGGAACAAGAUAUCACAUCAGCUAUUAGUUAUGAAUCUUCUGAAGAUUAUUCAUUAUCAUCAACCACUAUGGAUAUGGAUGGUGAACAAACAAAAAUACCAGCAGAACAUUUUGAAUCAGCCUUAAAAAGGUUUAUGUUAAAAUUAUUUUUCGGACAUGUCACUUAG